GGAGUUUUAUGCGCAACUGCGUAUUCACAUGCUGCCGUGCGAUUGAUGUUCCCUCUCUUGCGCGUGAGGUGCUGAAAUCAAUUAUAUAUCUGGUCAUCUGUUUUCGGGUGAACAUGCAUGGAGCCCCAACCAGCAGUUGACAUGCAGAAGUAGGUGCUGCACACCUUGAACGAGUCAGCUUGAUGUGCCAUCGCCGGAAGCUUCGGCCCAAGUUUAGUGCCGCUGCGAGAGAUGAAGGGCCCCGCGCAUGGCGUGCGUCUCGUACCGCUCUUGGCAGCCUCCACGCUUGGCGCCGCCCUGGCACAGGAGCUGAAGGCGGCGGAUGGCGAGGCGCGGCGGCUCACUGAGAUCUCGAGCAUGGAGAGCACCUUCACCGCGGACGACUCCAACUCGGAGGUCAGCGCCCCGAGUGACAGCGACAGCGCGUCCAGUCUCGACAGCCAAGCCUCCCAGAUCGUCAGCGGCAUCAUGGAGACGUUCCUGCACGAGAACGAGCUGGAGCCGGGGGAGAUGGAGUGUCUGGUCGGGUGGCGCGAGGAGGGAUGAGGCGGAAGGCAGGACGGGG